AUGAAAACGCAAAGAGGCCUAUUCAGAAGGUAUGCGAAGCAAGUUAUCCAGAAGUUCAUAAAGUACACAAAAAAUUACGUAAAAGAUAUAACUGAUGAGAUAAAUGUAAAAUCAUUUAAGAAAUACAAGUACAACUUUUUUUUUGAAUUUAUUGGAUCUUUUAUAUUUGUUUUUUUCAUAUCUGUGUAUAUGUUAAAUUCAAACCAAAAUGAGGAAUACGUAAUUAAACACACCAAGCAGAUAAGCCCAUACAAAAACAACGACAUAUUUAUCCCAGGAGACAAUCUCUUCGAUAAUGAAAUUAACAAUGUGCAGUACGGAAAUGAUUUAAAUGGGCCAACAAAUGUGGCCAGUAUUUUACUGGAACACAAGAAUAAAGGAGAUGAUGCAACUUUUAAAACGAAGGAGGAGCAGUCCAGUGUGGACCCAAUGGUUAACAAAGCGGAAGGGAAUAAUGGAACAAAUCGCCUGAAUGGGAAAGAAAAUAUUGAACAUGUUCCGGAAGGAACGAAGGACAGCAUUGUGCAAACACAUGAGAAGGGAAAUGGAACCUCUGAAGAAUAUUUCCCAAAUGAUGGACAGACAAGUGUAAACGGGGUAAGUGCAAAUAAUGACGUGUUGAAAUCUGUGGAGAAGGAUGAGACGCAGAAGACGGAUUCCCCAAAUGGAUACGAUGAAAAGAGUGGGAGUCAACAAGAAGUUGUAACACAGUUAGGUAGGCCCAGCGAGGGGGUAACAGAAAAGAGCACCACUGCUGAUACUGAAAGAGGGGACAACCAAGAUAUCCACAGUAGCCAAAUGGAAGAAAAAAACGCAAAGGAAGCAACCAAAGAGGGACUGACCAAAAAUGUCGGAACGGUUAUUUUUAAAGACCAUGUGAACGAAUUCAGCAAGAUAAAAUUAAACGACAUUAACAAAAUCGAUUUGGGAGAUAUCGAUAAAUACGAAGUGAUGAAAGAUUCGGGAAAUAAACAAAAUAGCAACCAUGCAGUUUACUCGUUCUUUGGGUGUUUAAUAUAUGUCUUAUUUGUGAUAUUAGGGGCACACAUCAAUCCAGCAUAUACUUACGCGUUAUGGCUAGUGGAGCCGAAAAAAUAUGGAUUUGUAAUUACCACAUGUUACGUUACAUUUCAGUACUUUGGGGGUAUAUUGGCAAGUAUCCUAUGCGCACAUAUGCACGGAAGUAUAUUUAUUUAUGCCCUGUUACCGAAGAAGGAAAUUAUGAAAACAUUUUUUUGUGAAUUUAUCUCCACUUUCUUGCUAACCCUACUGUUGUUAAGUUUGUAUAAUUACAAAAAAAAAUUUUUGGAAGAAAAUAAAAAUGAAAAUUCUCUCCUUUUUAAUACGGCAAAAGGAAAAAACAUGACGUCACUGUACACCUUUAGCAGUUAUGAAGAUAUAUACGGAAGUGAUGCUUUUAAUUCAUCCACCUGGGGAGGCAAAAAUGAAAACUUCAUCUUCCAUGUGGAUAAUAAAUAUAUAAAAUAUAUAAUGAAUCAUAUAUUUUAUUUACUGUUCAUUUUUUUUUCAUUAUUAUUUUUUGUUUUUGUAACAAAUACGACGUUAAAUCCAAUGUUUUCCACGUCGACAUUGUACACUUACUUGUACUUUAAAUUUUUUCAAGCGAAUGGUUCUUUUCAUAUUUCCUCAGUCGUGUUGUCUUUUUUAAGUAUUUCCAAAAUAUUGCAAUUGGUGAAGUUAUACAUUACGUCGUUACCCCUGUGGGUGGGGCCUUAUGUCGGGUCAGCCUUUGCAACAGCCUUUAUGAAAUUGUUCAAGGAAGGAGAAGAAGAAAUUGUAAACGUCAUUGACACCAAUUUGUAUAGCAGUAACAGAAGGAAUGAGACGAUGCCGCUGAUUGGGAAACAUAACGUCAAGCGAAAUGCCUACCUCGUGGAAUAUGAUGAUAAUAUUCACUAUAAUUCGAGCAACUACUUAAUUCCGAGUGUCUUCUAA